AAAGUUGAGCAGAAGGCCAAGGAGUAUAAAUUUAAAAGAUGCAUUUUAGUCAUUAUAUCUAUCAUCCUUCGUAUAUUGAUUGUUCCGUCUUCCUGUCGUGGUAUUAAAGGCGUGGCUCUUGAACAUAGGUCUUUGUGCUGAUUUCGCUUGUCUACGAUCAUUCACUUGAACCGACUGAGGCUUCACCGAAGAAACAACCAUAUUUGCCGUCAUGACAAUUAAUUCCAACAACAUUUUGGCCACCACAACGGUGCCAACCCCUCCCGUCACACCAGCACCCGACCCGAUCGCUGGUGUCCAAUUGCUUGGGACCAUUGCCGUUACCAAGGCCGUAAAACAAGAUGCACCAGCUAUGGCGACAAUAGGCGGUGCGACCUUCACUGCAACGUUUGGUCACUCAGUAUCAAAGGAGGACCUGGAGGAAUUUCUCACAACGACCUACUCAGCUGAAGCUGUGGCUGCCGAGUUUGCAGAGCCUAAGAAAACUUGGUUAGCAGCAAAGACCUCGGGGGGCAAAGUCGUUGGCAUUGCACAGCUUCUCCGCGGUGCAACACAUUCCAGCAUUGACGCGCCGGCAAAUGAGGUAGCUGAGAUGCAGAAGGUGUACGUCGACGCAAGCGUACACGGUCAGGGCAUUGGCAGCAAACUGAUAUCUGCCGUAGAGCAGCUCGCACGCGAAGAAGGAUUAACACAGCUGUGGUUGACGGUCUGGGAAGAGAAUCUGAAAGCGCAAAAACUCUACAAUAGGCUUGGAUACAAGAAGACCGGUGAGAUUGACUUUGCAACAGGAACAUGUAUUCAAACAGAUCAUGUCCUGGUCAAACAUCUUUAAAUACAUAUGGUCUAAGCAAAGUCUUUGAGUGAAUUACAUGAUACCGCGAUGAGCCUAAGGUUAAAACGUUGCGGUCGCCUCCAGGAUAUGGUACGGUUGGAGUUGAAGAAAUUUUGGCAUGGCGUUGAACCUAGAUAAACUAUUCGGCUUUGACGCAGGCUUGCCAUGUUUUUUUUUAAUGCAAAUAUAGAGCCUAGGACAUUGAAAAUAUUACAAUCACACCG